CACAAACGCUCAACAAGAAAUACCCUGCUGCACACUAGAUGGCUGCUCACUCCACAGAGUAACUCGUCACACACCACAAACUUAGUGAAAGGCGGCCGGGCGUCUCACUCUCACACACCGGCUCCAUUCGUUCGUUUAAGAAACCUCUACGUGAACUCCUCUCUUCUAUCCAUCAGCUCCCCUCUCCCUGCUUCUGCUCCUGCAGAGUUCAGACAUUUGGCGCUCAGACCAUGAGGCUGACGGGGGACCGUUCGCUGGCGGUGGCAGCGCUGGCGGCGCGCUGGUCUCUCUGGGUCCUGGCCGUCCUCUGGAGCGGCGGCUCACCGGCGCUGGGCUGCUACACGCGCAUCUUCAGCUUCGGCGACUCGCUGACGGACACGGGCAACUACGUCCACCUGACGGCGAAGAGCCACAGCCCCUACGGCGCGCCGCCGUACGGUAGGACGUUCUUCGGCCGCCCCACCGGCCGCGCCAGCGACGGGCGCCUCGUCAUCGACUUCAUCGCGGAGGAGUUCGGGCUGUCGAACGUGACGGCGAUCCAGACGGGAACGGCGCCGGCGGACUUCCGGCACGGCGCCAACUUCGCCAUCAUCUCGGCCACCGCCAACAACGGCACCUUCUUCGCGGGCAACGGCAUGAACAUCAACCCCUUCUCGCUGGACACGCAGAUGUUCUGGUUCCGGACCCACCUCCGCCAGCUCGUGCAGGCGGCGGCGCAGAACAACGGCAGCGGCGGCGCCGUCAGCACGAGCGCGCUGCUGGGCGGCGCGCUGGUGGCGCUGGGCGAGAUCGGCGGUAACGACUACAACCUGGCCUUCUCGGGGGGCGUGCCGCGGGACAACGUGCGUAAGUUCGUCCCUGCCGUGGUGGACAAGCUGGCGGCGGCCGUCGAGGAGCUCAUCGCCAUGGGCGCGCGCGCGUUCGUGGUGCCCGGGAACCUGCCCUUCGGCUGUGCGCCGCUCUACCUGCAGCGGUUCGGCGCCAGCGCCAGGCAAUGGGACUUGGACGCCAAGACGGGGUGCCUGGCAUGGUUCAACCGCUUCGCCGAGUACCACAACCAGGUGCUCACGGCGCGGCUGGACAAGCUCCGGCGCCGCCACCCGGACGUCACCAUCGUCUACGCGGACUGGUACGGCGCCAUGAUGAGCAUCUUCCAGGACCCCGGGAAGCUAGCAGGGUUCACAAACGCCCUGGGGAGUUGCUGCGGGAACCAGACGGUGGCGUGCGGCAAGCCCGGAUGCCGCGUCUGCGACGACCCGUCCACGUACGGGUCCUGGGACGGCACGCACCCGACGGAGGCGGUGUACAAGGUGAUCGCCGACGGGGUGCUGCACGGGCCGUACGCAUCCCCGGUCGCUCUCGUCGAUACCUGCUGAAAAUCAAAUCUGCCUCUGCUUGGAUGGUCUGCUGAUCCUUACAAGAUUCAUUCGUAUGACAAGCUGUAGAAUGGUAACACAUCAGGAUUACGUGUGUAGUCGUUGCAAUGACGUUAUAAACAACGUUGUCUCAGCCUCUCAGGGUAUAGUGAAGGUUGACAGAUUUCACUAGACAUGGAAAGAAGUAGUACAGUGAGAAUUGGAUUUGCAGUACAAGAAUUGAUGUGAUCUGUGACCAUUUGAGUCUGUAAUCUGUACUGUGUUUUGGAGGCAUCAUGCCAAUACAAACGUUAACCCA